AAAGCCUUUGUGGCUUUAUGUGUAUUUGAUCUUGUUCGCCGACAUAGGACGUUGAGUGUAUACGUUUAUUCACGCUAAAAGUUUGUUAGUUCUCUUAGGUUUGCAGAAACUUCAAAAUGGCUUCCGGUGUUACUGUGCUAGAUGUAUGCAAGACUACAUACGAAGAAAUUAAAAAGGGCAAGAAACAUCGAUAUGUAAUUUUUUAUAUUCGUGACGAAAAACAAAUUGAUGUAGAGACUGUAGGUGAUCGUAACGCCGAAUAUGACCAAUUUCUUGAUGAUAUUCAAAAAUGUGGACCCGGAGAGUGUCGCUAUGGUCUGUUCGAUUUUGAGUACAUGCAUCAGUGUCAAGGCACAUCGGAAAGCUCUAAAAAACAAAAAUUAUUCUUGAUGUCAUGGUGUCCUGAUUCUGCUAAAGUUAAAAAGAAGAUGUUGUAUUCCAGUUCUUUUUUUGCUUUGAAGAAGUCCCUAGUCGGUGUUCAAAAGUACAUUCAAGCUACUGAUCUUUCUGAAGCUUCACGAGAAGCUGUGGAGGAAAAAUUGCGGGCUACUGAUCGUCAAUAAGCAUUUUGAUAAAACUUUAUCUUAUUUGUUUUUUUAUCUUUAUUUAUACAUAAUAGUAUUUUCAAUUUUUCAUAACAAUACAUUGAAGAAUAAAACUACUAGUAAACAUUCUAUUAUCAAAAUAUGAGAUAAA